GCCUGGAGUUGUGGCGACAGCUGGAGCGCGGUUGUGCUUGUGGGAGUAACAGGCUUGAAUUUCUUUACACAUUAAUUACUGUAGCAUUCGGUAGAAAUGGGAGACAAGAAAAGUCCGACCAGACCGAAGAGGCAGAGUAAACCGGCUUCAGGUGAGGGCUGUUGGGACUGUAGUGUGUGCACUUUCAGGAACACUGCUGAAGCCUUUAAGUGUAUGAUGUGUGAUGUGAGGAAGGGCACCUCCACACGGAAACCUCGUGUUGUUUCUCAGCUAGUGGCUCAGCAAGUACCUUCGCAGUUUGCUUCACCCACACAACCCAAAAAAGAGAAGAAGGAGAAGACAGAAAAGGACAAAAAAGACAGGGAGCCAACAAUGAGAAGAAACUACCACAAAAAGAUGAGGCCAAGGUUAAAAAACAUCGACAGAAGCAGUGCGCAGCAUUUAGAAGUCACAGUGGGAGACUUGACAGUUAUCAUUACAGACUUUAAGGAGAAAGCAAAGGCCUUAUCCUCCUCCACAAGUUCGUCCUCCUCCACAGCCACAUCGGCAGAGCUGCGCAGCCAAAGCGGAUUCAGCUCGGAUAACACAGAGAGAACCUUCUCCAGGUCGUCAUCUCCUCGAGGUGAAGCUUCAUCAGUCAACGGAGAAGCACUGUAGUAAAGACCACAUUACUAAACGUUUCCUCAUUCCUUUUUGACUGAACUGGAUGGGGUAUGGAGUUUUUCAGAAGCAGUCACUGCACUAAGAUCAUAGGAAGAUCUAAAUCAAAUAGCAAGUUCUUAAUGCUCAUAUGAAAGCAGCCUUCGGUGUAGUUCAGGAUAUAUUGCUUUUCGGUUCUGAUUUCACUGUAAUUCAUGAAUCAGCAUUUCUAAGCAAUUAUUGCUAUGAACUCAUGGACAGUUGUUGGCUCAAAGACAGUUACUGAUCACAAAACCUUUUUAAGUAAAGGGUAAUAAAAGAAUGUAAUGAAUGGUACUUUGGUACUGUUACCUGCUGGGUACAUUUAAAAAACUUAAGGUUGAAAAAAAAUCAAGUGUAUUAGAGCCACGAAAUCAUAACCAUAUGAUCCCCCAGGCAUUUACAGUAAGUAAAAGUUGUUUUUACACUUUGAUAUUACAAUGUUUAAAGUUUGACAUUGUACAUACGGGCACAGGUUAGAUUAAGUUAAAUAGAAACUAGUUAAUGGAUGUGUUAACCAGCCUGUCCAGUUAUCUGAACUUUUGAUGCAGCUUCUGUGGGACAUCUUGCAAGAAGCACGGCUGACCAUCUCUGAGAAAUGCUUUGAGAAACCAACUGUUCAUAUAAGGACUGUGAAGCAGAUAGGGCUACAAACCCUGCAUUUACACUAGGAUAUGACCAAGUGACAGGUGCCCAUUUGUUUCAUGUGGAAGCUUAGCUAAAAAUGUAUCUCAAUCAACAACUAGCAACAUUAACAUGCGGUGGGCAACAUUUAUUGAAAUGUUCUUAAGAUCUCUGGUAGAUCCAGUAGACCAGUGGUAUGGUCAGUUUAACCCUCUUAUUGCUCUAGUUUGUUUUUGCAAUAAAUAUAAAAAUGCAGUAAUUUAUUCUCCACAGUUUUGUCAAUAUAUAAAAAUUAAUUUUAAAAGAAAAGUUACACAGAGGUGUGUAAUAUUUAUACAGAAGACUUACAUUGUAGCCACGAAUAUUUGUGCCUGCCCAGAACCUACAUCAGCGGCUCUCACAAUGACUUCUGAUGAUUUCUGCCAACUAAUGGAACAUUAUGUAGUGUCACCCAGUCUAACACACUAAAACAGCAAGCUAAUAGACUCUUAAUGCAUAUUUAUGUUAUAUUAUUUCAGCUUUAAUUUUUUUAAAUGCCAGAUGUCCAACAUAUUUUGACUGGCAGUGUGUGUCUGCAAUGUUGUGAGUAAACAUUGUUUAAAUGAUUAAAAUUCACCCUGAGUUUUAUGAACUAUCUGGUUUUGACACUUGGAUAAAGGCACUUUAAAAAAUAGUUUUGUAAAUGCUGAAUUUUUUUACUUCACUACAGUUAUGUAUACAAUAAUGUAUACUAUGAUAAAAAUGCUAUAAAAAUUGCAUUAUCAGGGUCCAUGUUAUGUUGUCAGUUUGUCAAUUGACUAAUGUAUGUUUAUAAACCUAACAUUUGGUAAUUGCUGUGCUUGAUGUCCUGCAUUAAUCAGUAUGUUUUAAAAUAGUUUGAAAAGUUGUGCAAUCAUGCUGUUUAAAAGGAUUGGGUCAUUUGGUAGGAUUAUUAGUUUCUUUUGAAAAAGAGAAAAAGAAAAACAUUUGACCUAUACCUUGCCCUAUAAAGCAAUGAUGCCUGACACGGCAAACAUGAUGCUAAUAAUUAAUGAAGUGUUUCUUUUAUAUGUAUUGUCCAGAAUAUCUACUUGUGUUCUCUGGAUAUAUUGACACAUUUUGCAAUAUAAUUCUGAAAGCAAUUUAAGAUUUAUUGGUUAGAUUGGUACCUAAUAGGAAAAUACCUCUAUUUGUAAUGUGUCUUAAACCAUCUGUUUUAAUUGCACUUAUAAUUUCCUGAGGGAUCUUUAGAAAAAGCCAUAUUUCAAAGGAUUACCAGGUGUGUCCUUUAAAUGUUUUUAAUUUGAUUUAAGUAAAUGCAAACUUGACUGAGAUUUUUACAUUUAUAUGUUGCAUUUCCAAAUAAAAGUAGAAUAUUUUUAAUGA